CGGUCGUCCGUCGCGGUUUCUCAUCGUCGUCGUCGUGUGGUGAGAAAAAGGAAAACUUUCGCGUAAAUAAAUAACUGCGGUUUUCGGAGUAAAAUUUGCGUGUUUUUCCGGCGGAAAAGUGAACCCCCCGAUCGCCGGACGGUCGGGCGCUAUGGAAUACGCUUGCGGAAGUCGAUUCCAGUGCGGGAACCGUGCGAAAAAGUGCUUUUCGGAGAUUUUUUCCUUCCACAAGGAACAGCAGAAGAAGCAACGAGGUUGAAGUGAAAGGGAAGAGGGGGUGAAGAAAGAUUACCGCUGCAGCCGUCGCCACCGUUGCCGCGCCCCCCUUCGAGUCUACCGUUCAUCGACAGUGCGCGCGAGACGCAGCAGGCUAGUAGUCAUCAACCCAACAUUACUAUUUUUUUACGGAGGAAGCCUGAGCGAGAAAGCACCAACCUGGGACGGAAGAAAAGUGCGUACGAAAGUGCAGCAUUUCUCUGUUUUUAUCGGGAGUAUCAUCUAAGCAGCAAGUCUAGAUUUUAAGCAAAAACGCAUAUUAUUCAUUACUCACCACUUCAAUCGUAAACAAUCAUCAUCGCAAUCCACCAUGUCCAAGUGGGGGAAAGGUCACGGAUUGAUCGUUCCGAUCGAUUCCCUUAUGAAGGAAAAGGAAAACACAAACCGGCCGGCUCCGCUGCGAUCUGCCGGUCUGGUCGGCCGCUGGGGCAUCACCAGCUUCACCUCGAUUCGCAAUACUAGCUAUGAAUUCGAAAGCACCAGCCCGAAGGAAUCGGACGACCUCAACUGCUCCUCGAAUGUGGCGAGCCUGUCGACGCAGGUCUCCAAUCCGGUCAAGCCGAAGAAGUUCUUCAAAAGUCGCAAUACGGCUCCACCGUCGUCGAUUGGUGCCACCCCGGAUCCGCACCGGCAGUCGGAUGCCUCCUGCUAUGGCAGCCCACAGCAGAAACCCAUCCUGCACUUUCAGGCGUCACAGUUGCAGGCCCGGAUCGCACAGGAUGCCGGUGGAAGUCCAACCUACACUCAGGUCGGGUACUACCAAUCCCUUGCCGGGGCGGCUGCGACGGAAGCGAAAGCACCGGCUAAAAAGAAAUCCAAGAAGAAGAAACAGAAGCAGACCGAAGCUGCUGUAGCAGUAGCAGCAGCAGCAGCAGCAGCAGCAGUUGCUACUGCUGUUGUUGCUGCUAUUCCUGGUGCCGUAGACGAACAGCAGCUGCAGGCUCCAGAGGAGGACAACAAAAAAGAGAAAUCCGAAAAGAAGGAGAAGAAACAGAAGAAAACCAAGAAGGAAGUGGAACUGCCGCCGGAGUUGCCCAAGCGGAACUCCUCUCGUAUCAGGAACAAAGUGGUUAACUAUAACGAAGACGAUGACAGUUUCGACAUGGUUCCGUACCGUGACGAAGUUUCGCGAACUCCGCCAGUAUCCAAGUUGGCCUUGGAACCGGUUGCUGUGCCGGAAGCUCAACCGGAACCGGCGGAAGAGCAAGUAGAAGCAGGACAUGAUGAUGACGAAGAAGAAGAAGAGGAAGAUGAGGAAGAACAAGUGGAGAAAGCACCGGAAGAGCCGGUGCCUAGUGAAAGUGUUGUGAAAAUUCCAGCAGCGGUGCCGGUGCCAGUGCCAUUGCCAAUGGCAGCAGGAAUGGCCAGCCCAACCAAGUCGGGCAGCGGUAGUGGCACCGAAGAUCGUGUUAGAACGAGGGAGCACAAGGAAGUGAAAAUGACGGUUCCGAUGCCGUUGUCGUCACCGUCGGUGACGGAGCAUCCGCCAAUUGUGCUGCGGAUAUCGAAGGGCACCUCCCGUCUCAUCAGCACCGACAGUGAAGAUGUCCACUCGCCCCCUCACGGAUCGGUGGUGCAACCUCCGGUAACACCAGCGCUAUCCCAACAGCCGACACCUCCGGCUUCCCAAGAACCCGCUGAACCAUCACCGCCGGUUUUCCCGGCGCCAAUAGCGGAGCCGCCUGCAGUCGCUCCCACGACAGCGACACCACCGGUUGUUCCUCCUGUUAUUCUGGGUCCAACUCCGCCGGAAGAGGAACCCAAAAAGGAAGACUUGAAAAUCAAAAUCACCCUCAGUAAGAGCCUCAUCAGCAACGGAAGUGGUAAGCACAAAAAAGAAAGCAAGAAGGAAUUGAGGCACUUCAAGAAGCGGGCAAUCGCUAGGGAAAAGGGAAGGAGUAGCAAGAGGGCGAAACGUGGCGAAGAAGGGGAAGUAGAAGGGGAGGAAGACGAACGUAAAGACGAGGAAUUGCUGGGUGGGGUAGCCGAAGAUCUGCGGGUGGUGGAUCCGAUUGUGAUCCCGGCGAUACGGCCACAGUUCCCACUGCCGGGGACGGAUGCCUACGAGUUGUACAGGACCCUAGCGUCUCCUUCCGGUGGCGACGACUUCGACUCGCAGAGUUCAAUUUUGGGUAGUGCGUCCUCGAAUAAUACUCCAAAGCAUGCCGGGCUAACGGCAGCCGAGGACUGCCGCAUUAUUCACAGUCGGGGAUCGAGCGAUUGCGGAAGUGACUUGGAACUGUCGCAGAACAGUUCAACAGCGGCAGCGCCGCCUUCGGAGAUCAACUUCGAAAGCGAAAAUACCCAGGAUAAUAAGGAAGAGGAAGCGAAAGAGCAGGCGAAGGUAGUGGAAGAGAAGAAGGAGGCACCGAAAGAGGAGAGGGUUGAGGUGCUGAAGCUCAGUUUGAAGGGAACCCGAUCGACGAGAACUACGCGAAGUAGCAGAAUGAAGAACACUGCCCAGGUGGAAAUUAUUUCCAAGCCGGAACCGGUGCCGAUUCCGGCGGCAAUAACUUCUCCGGAGCCAGCUGUCAAAAAGUUUGGCCGGGCGACGCGAAAUCGAAACAACAACAACAAUGUCGUUGUACCGGAAGUGGAGCAGGUGAAAGAAGUGGAACCUUCACCUGAACCGGAAAGAGAACUUUCGCCACCUCCCGCUCCAGCUCAGAAAGCCGUCACCCGGCAGUACAGCAGACGGAAAAAGAAUGUUAUCCCUCCGGACUACCAGCAGGAUCUGCUGACCAGUCCCAAGCGACCGCUACUGGACGUCAGCGAUUCGGAACCACCGCCUUUUACGCUAACGUCGGAAAGUGAAUCCGCCAUGGCAUCGAUAAAAUCCCCGCGCUCAUCGACGAUAACCACAGGACUAGAUCUCACGACCAGCUCCAACCGGUCGGAACCGGUCCCGGUAUUAGUCCCCGUUCAGGACGAGAACCAGCCAGAACCCACAGAGUACAAAAUCAAGAACAAGUUCAAAAAGUCCUACUUCCGCAGUGAAGAACUGGCCAAACAACAACAGCAGCAGGAAACCCGACCUCUGGCGGAGACCCCCGGAAACAAUGCGAUACCGUCGGCGACGCCGGCCAGUACCCUUACGGUUCCUCCCAUAACCAUUCCAAUUGGUUCGAUCAACAGCGGCAGCAGCAGUCAGCAACUGUCCAGCACCCCGGACCAGCAGCAACCGGUCAAACUGGUGAUCUCCAAGAAGAAGGGUAGCAUUUUCAAGAGUCGACCUCUGACGGGAAGUGCCGAAGCAGCCGACAAGAAGCGGCACGUCUACAAACACAAAUGGGACGACGACGAUGACGAAGGGAAGGACAAGGGUGCGAUGGCAGAAGCGGACACCGAGCAGCAAACGGCUUCCUUUGAGGGAGAACCUUCCGGCCUGUCCAGGGUGACCAGGAUGCGAAGUUCCGGCGGUACUGGCAGUGAAUUCGAUGACGAGUUUGAGUUCGAUACCAAGCUCAAGUGUGAUCGGGACGCCAAGCCUUACUACACCGUGGUCCGGAACGUCAAGAAAGCCCACCAAAUACAGGAGAUUGGCGAAUUCCAGGAGAUGGACGACGAUGUGGAGUACAUCCUGUCGGCCCUUCAACCGGACAACCCAAGCGCGACGCGGUGCCUAUCGGCAAUGACUCUGGCAACCAAGUGCAUGACCCCUGCCUUCCGAAUGCAUGUUCGUGCCCAUGGUGUCGUGACGCGAUUUUUCAAGGCUCUCCGCGAUGCCCAUACGGAUCAAAGCUUGGGUCUCUGCACGGCUACGAUCAUGUUCGUCCUGUCGCAGGACACCCUCAAUAUGGAUCUCGAUCGGGACUCGCUGGAGCUGAUGCUGAACCUGUUGGAUACGGACCACCGGUCCGGGUCCGAUGGAGGUCUCAGCAAGGGUCAACUGGAAAAGAACCAGCAAAAAGUGAGGGAACUCUGCGAGGAAAUCAAAAACGCAGGCAAGGCGAAACACAUGGACCUGGACAAUAUAACGAUGGGAUCGCUUGCAAUGGAAUCGCUGCUUUCGCUAACCUCAAAACGUGCCGGGGAUUGGUUCAAGGACGAAUUGAGGAAUCUCGGUGGACUGGAGCACCUCAUCAAAACCGUUUCCCACUGCUGCCGGGAGAUCUCCGACUACGUCGUCGAAUGGACUGACGAUCUACUGUCGAAGUUGCAGAAGAUCGAACGCUGUCUGCGGGUGCUGGAGAAUGUGACCAUUUUGAACGAACAGAACCAAAGUUACAUUCUCAACUACAACAACGGUAGCUUGAUCACAACGUUGGCCAAACUGUUCAAGCUGAUCGUUUGCGAGGUUGUGCUCUACCCGACCAACGAGCGGACGCCCAAGGAGGACCGAGGCGUUGUACUGAGGGAAGUCAUUCCCCCGUUGCUCAAGAUCUUCAUCACCCUGACUCAUCCGUUCAACGAUACUGCUUACGGUGCCACCGUAAUUGGAGCCCAACCGCACGUGAUUGCCACCACGCUGCAUCUGCUGCUGCGGGUCGGCGAGUACGUGCCGCAGAAGUUUAUCUUCGAAAUGAACAUCCUGGUGCUGCUGUUCCUGAUCAAUCUGACCAUGUAUACUCAGGCCAAUCGGAGCCUGUUGAUGACGACACGGGCGCCAGAUGAUUUCGGAAGCUCGACGGCGACGGCGACAACGACGACGCCGGCGGCGGAAGGGAGUCGUACCCGAGGGGCGAAGGCAACGGCGGCACAGCAGGAGAGGGCCGUCCAGGCACUGGUGGAGUACUUCUACCGGCAGGACGAACUGGCGAGGUACGCCGAGAAGAACACCGAUGCCAUCCUGGAUGCCAAGUCGAAGAAGAACGAAGAUAUCGAAGAGACUGUUACCAAAUUACUCCAAAAGGCCGGUCACCACAUGGAGCACACCCUGAUGGCGAGCUACGUGGGCCUACUGAUCGGCUGGAUCGUGAUGGGCAGCGAGGAAAACGAAACCACCGUUCGGUCCUACAUGAAGGACGGCAACUUUGUCAUGAUGGUCACCUCGUUGGAGAAGUACUACAACUUCCUCAAUCUAACCGCCAACUCGGACGCCCUCAGUCUGCAGCACGUCCGUCAGACCAAAAACAUCAUCGACAAUCUGAAGCGGCUGGACUCGGCCGAUCGGCAGCAACCGCAAGCGUCCACCAGCAGCACCAGCAAUACGACGACGGGUUCAUCCAGUCAGCAAUCGACUCCCGCCACCCCGCACCGUUAUGGAUCUCGGUCAUCGACCAGGGCACACUACUGAUAGAGGCAGACCACCGGCGGCGGUGAGGUCGGCUGCGUUUUGUAAUUUUACUGUAAAAGUUUGAACUUAGCUACUUCUCAUUCUUCUUGUAAGUUGUAACUGUAUAACGAGCUAUCCGUUGUCCGGAUUGGUUUAUUUUUUACCUACCCAUAUUAAAGGCUCUCUUUUCGUUCUUUGUUGGGGGGCUAAUGAAGAAUAGAAGGGCACUUUGUAAUUAAAUUGGCUUUUAACAAAGUCCCAACUUUAGUAGAUCUAGAAAGGCAGUGUAAAUUAGGAUAAUGAUUCCGAACCAAAAGAAAAUACACUUGAGUCGGUGUAUUCUCGUUUUAUUUUAAAUAUUUAAUCGUAAAGUUUUCAGUUUCUCGCGUCCCUGGUAGUAGCUGUUAAUGUUUACCCCUUCUUAAUGAAAAAAAAAACGUCUAUGCCUAUUUGUGUAAGAUUCUCCGUAGCAUUACUCAUAAGCACUUAAAUCUUAGGUGUGCGCGAGCGUCUGUCUGUCUGUUUUAAGUGUGAGUGUGCGUUAGCGCGUAGCCUAUUGGUAAAGUCGACUUUCAGUUGCGUCCCCUUUCGGUUCAUUAUCAUUAUAAUCAUUAUAAUUCUAAAUGGAGUAUGUAGUCGUAGUCAAGUCGCUAAGAAUGAAUUAAAGCUAGAUAAGCAAAAACUGUGUAGUUUAUAACGUUUCUUUAGAUGUUUAGAACGAAUCCAAAACUUACAAACACAAACAACAACAACAAACAGAACCAGCAGCGGUAGCAACUUUGAUUUGAAGCUGCUACGCACUUUCGUCAUUGUAGGAUUAAGACACAGAAGUAGAUUGAAAAUGAAGGAAAACGGAGCAAAAAAUAAAUUUGGAGAUGAAAGCAGAGGUAAAAUAGAGUAUUAGACAGAGAUAAGUGUGUACAUAUAGCGAAAAAUUAAGGUAAUGUAUAUUGUUUAAAUUAUUAAGAUGCAUAAAUAGAGAGAGAAAAGUUCUUUGCGAAGAGAAUACUUUUUAAUAAAAUUCUUUGGAAAA